CAGCUGCUUCCUGUCUCAAAGCAGGUUCAGAGAUGGCCAGAGCCUGCUUAUUCCUCCUGCUCCUGAAGAUGUGUGGAAUCCAUACAGAGGAGGAACCAAGGAGCCCCUGGGGAUGGGAGGCCCCAUGGAAAAGAAACAACACUCAGGCCACAAGUGAAGAUUGGAAACAACGGCUGCCCAAAAGCAUAAUCAUUGGUGUGCGGAAAGGGGGCACACGGGCCCUGCUGGAGAUGCUGAGUCUGCAUCCCCAGGUGGCCGCUGCCCAUUCCGAGGUGCAUUUCUUUAAUGUGGAGGAGAAUUACCAUAAAGGACUGGGAUGGUACCGUCAGCAGAUGCCAGUUUCACUUCCCACUCAAAUCACCGUGGAAAAGACACCAGGCUAUUUCUCUUCUCUCAAAGCCCCAGAAAGGAUCCAUGCCAUGGACAGCUCAGUGAAGCUCCUGCUGAUCGUGCGGGACCCCGUAGAAAGGUUGGUGUCCGAUUACACACAGAUCCUUCACAACCGAAAGGCACGGCACAAGUCCUACCAAUCUCUGGAGCAGAUUCUCUUGAGGAAGGGCCAGGAACUCAACACCAGGUACAAAGCCUUGCAGCGCAGCCUGUAUGCCUUAUACCUGGCUCAGUGGGUGGAGUUCUUUCCCAGGACACAGAUUCAUGUGGUGGAUGGAGGCAGCCUAAUCCGGGAGCCACUCACAGAGAUGCGCCAUGUAGAGCACUUCUUGGGACUGGAGCCUUACUUAGGCCCAGAAAACUUUUACUUCAACCAGACUAAGGGCUUCUACUGCCUGCAGGCAAAAGGGCAUCAACACUGCCUGGACCAAUCCAAAGGGCGACCUCAUCCUACCAUUGAUGAAGUGCUGCUUGAACAACUCUGCACUUAUUUCAGUGAGCACAAUGAGAACUUCUUUGCCAUGGUGGGUCGGACGUUCAACUGGUGCUAA